ACACUGUAAGCUUAUUUCCAGUUUAAAAAAAAAAAAGAUAAUCCUGUUUGCUUUGAGUGCUGAAGGGCAAAAAGGAGCAUGACGAAAUCUGCUUUUUUGUCAGAAUAGCCUCAGUGGAUUGCAACAGAAGUAGAUGUUUCACAACUGGUUAUCCUGCUGUCAGAAGAGAGUAUGACCAAGGUCAAAAAAAUCCCCAAUUGGUUACAAUUUUAAUGCUAUUUAUGCAGUGUGUGAGUAUUUUGUAACCAGAAACAAAGAAUAUAAAGUCCAUUGUUUAAGUGUUAUUCCUAAUCAUCUUUUUUAUUCUUUUAAAUUUGUUUUAUAUCUGUAAAUAUAAAUUCAAUUCCAUAAAUAAUUCCUCAGCCUGUCAUCAAACCCUGUUUAUAUGGCUCAUCCUCCUCUACAUACACCCUGCAACUAAUAUCUUAAAAUAAGCUGUAAAGUCUUCCAAAACCCUUAGUUUUCAUUUUGUGCACAAUUAAAACCAAUCCUAGUCGUUAUUUAUUGUGUGUCACUUAAUCAUGUAGAUUUAAUCUCUUUUCAUUACAAGAUAACUUGAUGUGCUUCACAUCCAAAGCAAUAAGUGACAUCCAGAGGAAUGCAAUAAACUAUACACAAAGAAAAAGAAAAGCAGUUUGCUUUACGUUGUGACAAAUCUCAGGACAUGGCGCAGUUUGUUCCAGAGAACAGGACUAACGUAACAAAAAGUACCAGACCUGUCACCAGACCUGGAGCUAAUCCAACUAGAGAACCAGCACCUGAUGAACAGGGAGAUAUGUGUCAGUGUCUUUGUAGGCCUAGUUAGUUGUGGUUGCUAUCUAGUGGUGACUUAUUGUCUUCUUCGGGGCACCAAGAAAUGUAUCUCCACAGCAUGUCUACCUGUUUUUAUUCAAGAUGAAGCGGACAUUGUGUGGAGACUCCUUUACUUUCUAGUAUGACUGGCUAGUGAAAUACUUUUUGGGUGGGGUUCUGCUGGGGGUAUUUGAACUUAUGACCUUACUAUUUCUAAAUCACUGGCUAUAACGCUGGCUGCAGCAGCUCCCACACAAAGAAUUAUUAGUCACAGUGACUUUAAGGUAAUUUUUUUGGUUUUCUAGCCAGCAACAUAACUGUUCUGGUUCACUCUCAGUGCUUUAAUCAGAAACAUUGAAACAUGUUAAAAGCCACUUUACACUAACUGCCCAAAUAUUUAAAUAUAAUGAAGCAUUUAGCGGCUAACUAGCCAAAUAUUUUUUUAGUUUGAGAAGACUAAAAGAGGAGAAAUUGGACAUAAAUGCAUCAGGUGUACACAAACAUGGCUCCAAUGGAAUGAUAAUGUUGCUCUGUGUCUGCUGGAUGUGCACAUUGCUAGCAUUUUAGACAGGACAACUAUACAUGGAGAUCAUUGAUCGGAAAUGAGUGUCUGUCAGCAUGUUGUGGCCCUUUUCUGCCCUUACUGCCCAAAAACGAAUUAAUGCAGGUUCAAUCAAAAUAACUUAUCUUUCACCUCAACAAUUAGUCAGAUCUGAAAUAGAGAAAAUAGAGAAUAUAAAUCUUCUAUGAUUCUAUGAUAUUUUUCACUUUCAGCUACCUUUGCCAUUAUCACUACCUCAACUUACACUAACUUACACUGUUCCUAUGAUGGUGUUUUAUAAGCAACAAACUUUUUAGUAUAAUUUCCAGGCAAAAGCUGUAAAAACCCACUGUACACUACCUGCCCAGCACCAAAAAGCAGACAGGCGCAGCUAGCAGCUAGCUCGUGAACAUAUUGGAGCAUUUAGUAGCUAAAGAACCAGGUAUUUAGAUAAUAGGCAACGGUUUGUUUACUGCCCUCAAGUGGCCAAACCUUAGUUGUGUAUUGUAGCUCCAGAUUCUUUGAGUAUACGAAAAUGAUAUAUGUAGCUUUCUAAGAGCUUCUGGUUUAGUAGACCUGCACUCUACUACUGUAUAUAUCAAUUUGCGUGACCUGAGUUCUGCUUUCAAAAAAAGUUUCUUGAAGUACUGCCAGUGGAUUGGAGCAAAGGGGCUGAGUUUAAGAGGGCUUUGCCUAUACUCAGAGAGGCUAGGAAUGAGGGACACUGGGGGAAACGCUUGAAGGAGAGCUCUGGACAACGACUGGUGAGAGAUGGUGUUCACUCCCAGCAGUGGAGGGUCAUGCAUUCAUUGAAAACCACAGUGUGCAUUACAUGUUCUCUUAUGGGGCGAACAGAUCUACCUUCACCUCGCAAACCUGUCCCACAGCAUCUGAAUGAUUGUGGGACACAAAGUGCUAAAACACUUCCAGGACCGUGGACAGCUCCAGACAGCUUAUGUGGCGAAAAGGAGGCUUUCGUUCACCUUCCUCCAACAACCUGAGAUACAUUCACUCCAGCCUGGUGAAGAUCUGCCAUGUACACUUAUAAACUGUUUGUGACAGCUUUGCUCUCAUGGUGGCUGAGCACAUGUGGACACCCAAGUAAAUGAUCAACUUGGUUUGAAGCGGAUAAACCCACAGCUCUAAGGGGUGGUGGUGGGGAAGCCAUAUGAAAUGGAAUAAAUGAGUUAUUGAAGGCUGAAAUACAAAAACAGGAUGGUUGUCUUACACUAACAACAGCUAUACAGUAUCUACUAUACUAUAGUCAAUAUUUAGCCACAUGACUGAUGUAGUGGCCUCUUUCAAAUUCUAGACUAGGUGUGUGGUAUGCACAGCAUGUGGAGAGUGUGUCGGUGGUCCUUACAGUCUGAGAAAAGUUACUGCUGACAUGUGAGUGGGUGAGACACAUGCACCACUGACUGAACAUGACCUGAAAGGUGACUCCACAGGCUGGGGAAUACUACUCUAAAACUGUUGGGUAGCAGUUUCAUUACACAAAGACAAAUAGUUUAAGUUUAGUAGAAAAUGGCAGUAGUUGAGCUUUAUUCAACUGUAAGUGCUGUGGAUAAAAGCACUAUAUAAAUGCAGCCAUUUACCUUUUACAUAAAGUACCCUCAUAUACAAACAAUGUGCAGUAGGUCAGUGACAAACAGUAAAUGGGACAUAUAGAGAAUACAUACACUUUUUCCUGGAGAUCUGCUGUACCGAGUCUCCACCGACAGAUGGCGCCAUUCACUCUGCCUCGGGAACAACAGGGUGAGUGUAACAGCUGUGCUGCUGCUUCAAACACAGACCGUCAGCCAGUCAGGCAGGGUUUCUACAGACAGCGUUAAGUGCCUGCAACGAUCUCGGUUUAACAGUCCCGUUUGGUUUUUAGAGGGUGUCCUGGGUCUGUUUAGAGGGACUCUGGAGUUUUGUAUUAUUUCGCUGUAUUUGCUGUUUUAUCAAGGCCCCGUGAGACCUUUUGGACGGGGAGCAGACUGCUGUCCACUUCACCACAGCGCUCAACACCAUGGCCGCCAGACUCUCCAUGCUCUUCUUCCUCCUUCACGUCUUCACUGCGUCAGCCUCUGAGCCAGUCCUCCUCCACAAAUACCCACACCUCACUGGCUGCGUCUCCACCAACAUGGAGACUUUCCGCUGCAGAUGGAAUGUCGGCACUUCCCAGAGCCUCUCCAAGCCUGGAGACUUACGAUUAUUCUACAUUAACCAAAAACCCCCCCAUGCCUCUCCUAAAGAGUGGAGUGAGUGUCCUCAGUACAGCACAGACAGGCCAAAUGAGUGCUUCUUCAAUGAGAACCACACAUCCAUAUGGACAUAUUACAGUGUCCAGCUCCGCUCGAGGGAUCGAGCCAUCCUCUAUGAUGAGAACCUCUUCCAUGUUCAAGACAUCGUUCAACCGGAUCCUCCAGUUGACCUGAACUGGACGCUGCUGAAUGUGAGUUUGACUGGCACUUACUAUGACAUCAUGCUGAGCUGGAAGCCUCCUCAGUCCGCAGAUGUGAAGAUGGGAUGGAUGACACUGCAGUAUGAGGUCCAAUACCGCGAUGCCAGCUCUGACAUGUUUGAAGCGGUCGACCUUGUGAAAAGCACACAUCGCUCGCUUUAUGGGCUUCAAACUAACAUCAAUCACGAGAUUCGGGUCCGGUGCAAAAUGCUUGGUGGGAAAGAGUUUGGAGAAUAUAGUGACUCGAUUUUCGUCCACAUCCCAUCUAAAGUGUCGAGAUUCCCGGUGGUGGCCUUGCUUGUCUUUGGUGCCUUGUGUUUAUUGGCCAUCCUGAUGUUAGUCGUCAUAUCGCAGCAGGAAAAGUUGAUGGUUAUUCUUUUGCCUCCUGUUCCUGGACCUAAAAUAAGAGGAAUUGACUCUGAACUACUCAAGAAGGGGAAGCUGAGGGAGUUGACGUCAAUCCUGGGAGGGCCCCCUGAUCUGAGGCCGGAGCUGUACAACAAUGACCCCUGGGUGGAAUUCAUCGAUUUGGACAUUGAGGAGCAGAACGACAGACAGAAUGACCUGGACACAGACUGUCUCAUGCACCGCUCCCUGUCCUCCAACUGCACUCCCCUCUCCAUCGGCUUCAGAGAUGACGACUCGGGCCGGGCCAGCUGCUGCGACCCAGAUCUCCCCAGCGACCCGGAACCAUCACCUUUCCUUCCUCUCAUCCCAACUCAAACUCUCAGCAAAGAACCGUCAUUCCUCACAGCCUGUGAGCCAAGCUCCCCGGUCCAGAGUCCCACCAAUGGGGAGCCUCCUUUUGUAGCGCCAGGCAUAGGGGGAAUGUACACCCAGGUGAGUGAGGUGAUGUUGUCUGGCAAGGUUCUGCUGAGCAAAGACACAGAGAAAGACAUAAUAGUAGAUAAGGAGAAAGAAAAGAAAGAGUUUCAGCUCCUGGUGGUGAAUACAGAUCAUGGGGGUUACACCUCCGAGCUUAACGCAGGAGAAAUUAGCCCAAGAUUGUCCACAGAAGACAUGAGUGAAACGCGCCAGACAGGACGAGACUUGUGUUCUUCGCCGUCACCGUCGCCUUACCACGAAUUGGAUUCCACCCCCACGUCCCCUCUUCCCCCUGCUCCCAUGUACACCGUGGUAGAGGGUGUUGACGGGCAGAACAGCCUCUUACUGACACAAAACUCAUCACCUGCUCCCCAGCUGAUAAUCCCAAAGACCAUGCCGACACCAGGCGGCUACUUGACCCCUGACCUUUUGAGAAGCAUCACACCUUAGAUCAGCGGUGAACGGUGCAAAGAUAAGACAAUUAUGUAUACUAUAUAUGACAUAGUCAAAGGCAGAGAUAAGAUUGGGAGCAGUCUUGAAGAUUGUGGGUCAUGAGGUUGAGUGUCAGCUCUCCUAAAAUAGUUGAAGGGGUGUCGGGGCCUGUCCUGCCACCACCUCUACCUCGUCCCGCUACUCCCUCUGACAGGGCUGUAAAGUCAGCAUGGUAGGAAGUUUGGUAUGAGGGGAAAAGAGCAGAUGUACAAAACCACUUAUUAAAUAAGUAACUGUGUUAAAGCUGCAUUGAUCAUUUUUUGGCCUCAAGAGGACAGAAAACAAGACAAGCUGACAGACACACAGCCCUAGUGAAUUAAUUAGACAGCUAACUAGUUGCCUAUUUAGACAACCAGCUGACAAUUAGAAACACUAGCUAUCAUUCAUUUAGAGUCAUGUUUCUGUCCGCCAUUUUCUUCACUAGCCCAUCGCCCAUUUUGUCUGCUGUUUUGUGCUAGGAGCGAAAAGCUGCUAAAAAGCUUUGCAGAGCUGCAGAGUUGGUGGUAAUGGUUUGUAUAGGUAGUCAUUUCAUUCAGUGUAAAUAUGUAAAUAUGGACUAAUGCAGCUUUAAAUGAGAACACAUUUAAUGUAAUGUAAUUUUACAAACAUUUGCAGGGUACAUAUCAAAAGCUGCCUUUUUAAUAAAUCAGUGUUUACUGUUACCACAGUAAAAUUAUGUUACUUAACCACUGCUUUUUAAAUACUCAGCCUUAUUGGGGUAUCACCUUGUUGCCAACACAUGAACUACCAAACAAGUAAAAUAAAGCAAGAGCUUUAUGUAAAAGGAUCAGCUGUAGCAUACAAUAUUAGAUGCUUAUACUUUGAUGCCAUUAUGUUCUAAACUGGGAAAUGGUUUCAGAACUGGCAUAAAUCAUUUGGUUUGUCAGUGUUAUGCUCAGUCAGUAUUUGUUUUUGAAUGCAUGGACUGUAGCCUAAAAGUUUUUUUUAUUUUUAUGUUUUUGAUUAAAAACACAUAUGAUGCUGAGGUAGAUCAUCAGUUAUUGCAUUUAACUGUUCAAAUUGUUGCAAAUAAAGUACUUUCAUACCUG